GCGUCGGUCAGUGGUCGGUGGACCGUCCGCGCGCCGAGUCCGCGCGUCCUCGUGCGUUUCACCGGAGAAUCAUGCGUGAUUAACGGAUUAUCAGAAACAGACCGAGAAGCGCGUGAUCCGGAGAAAGUCCGGAGGAAACAUGGAGGCUGUGAGCGAGUGGAGCCCGCAGCAGGUUCUGGACUGGAUCCGAGGUGAGGGGGGGGUACUCCGAGUUAACCGAGUCAAAGUGCGUCGAUUAAUCGACUGGAACAAUUCUCUGGACUCUCUGGACUCUCUGGACUCUCUGCCUCCUCCUCUCAGCCCGGCUCAGUUGAAUCACCUCAUGUGUCACGAAGCAGAAGAGACAAUGAAGAGCCGAGUGUUUGAAGAGCCAGAGAACAGCAGCUCUUCACAAAGCUCCACCUCCUGCCGGGCGCGGGGUCAGAAGUCUCCUGCUGAUAGAACCCAGAGGAUUCACGCUGAGACGAAGUCGUCCCAGGUCAACAAGCAGACGGUGGUGGGCUGGCAGCUGAAACACCUGGUGGAGGCGCUGAGGGCGGAGACUGGCAGCGUCGCCCUGGUGGUGAAGAAGAGGCCGUGCAGCGUCUCCGGCGGCUUCGCACCCGCUCCUCUGAAGAACCUGCGCUGGAGGGCCGCCCUCAUGCAGACGUCUCAAAGAUCUUCAGGACUCUUCAGACCUCCUCAGCCUGAAACCACAGGGAGAGCAGCCAUGUUGGAUCUGUACAUCCCUCCUCCUCCUGCAGCUCCAUACGUUCCCACAGACGGGACCACCAGCGUGUCUCCAGGUGUGAAGCUGAGGUCCAGGUCCCCGAACUCGUGUCUGGACUCGGACCCACGGCGCCGGGUCUCUGUGGCAGACGACAUCAGGACGUCGGUCAGCCCUGAACACAACCAGCCCAUCCACGUCCACUUCCGCCAGCGCUCCUCUUCGCGCUGUAAACCUCGACCCGUCUCCAUGCCGGCGGAGGCCUUCUCGGGCGUGUCCCACCGACCCGGAGCUCAGGGAAGGAAAGGUCAGGACGUUCUCCACAAGUUUCUGAGUAACGAGGGGAUCAGCACCAUCACGGAGGAGGAGCCGUGUUUCCCGCUGCCGUACCGGGGACACCCGUCCGUCCGGGGCGUGGACCACAUCCGAGGCAGCCAGUGCUUCAUCAACACCAACCUGCACAGCAGCGCCACCAUCCCCUACCAGGAGGCGGCGUCCAAGAAGCCCUGCUCCUCCUCCUCCUCCUCCUCCUCCACCUCCACGCCCGCGGCCGUCUCUCCUCCUCCGGCUGCCACCAAGCCGUCGACCUCGCUGCUCGGGGGAUGGCUGGCUCGUCUCCGGCUGCUCAGCCACUGACGGAGGAGGAACCGGAUUGAAAUCUGAUCACAGACAAAUUCUCUCCUCCUGCAGGAAAUAUGUAUUUAAUCGUCUACACUGUCACUUCCCUCAGCUGAAGACUCUUUCUGGAACCAAUCAAAGAUUUCAUGAUGGAGGACAAAGGAAAGAAAAGACGACAAACCUGCAACAUCUACUUUACACUGGUCAGAGCUCGUUGUCAGGAUGUUUCAUACUGGAGAGUCUGGUCACUGGUUAUCAGUCACAUUUUCUACUUAAAUAAUCAAUAAUAGAAAAUAUGAAACUCUGACACCUGUUUACUCUCAUUUUCUACUUUUAAAGGCUCUAAACAAUCAUGAAGACUUGUGUUUGUUGACCUCCUGUGGUUUAACGUCUCACUGAGCGUCAGAAACUUGAAGCUGUCUUCAUCUUCUCCUCGAGGGGAAAUGUGACAAAUGUGAUCCUCGACCAGUUCAUCUAAUAUCGUGACCAAAGAUCUGCAAAACCAGAAACAUUCCCAUCAGAGCCACUUGGUCUGAAAACAGCCUCACAGAGCUGCUGCUGCUCCAAAGGUUCAAUACAUAAUUCACUCAUUAUCAGAGAAGGGGAUUUCCUCCAGUUUAUGAAGCAGGUCAAGAAUGGACCAGGUCAGUGAAUCUGAAACUCUCCAGCAGUUUGAUUUGAGAUCAGAACCUUAAAGUUUGAGAUCAUCACCUGCUGCCGUGUGGAGAACAAACAAACUGGACCUGACGUCUCCUUCAGGGAUUGAAGCUGCUGAAACCACAACUUUUUAUAUUAACGUUAAAAUCCCCAUUUGGGACAUUUUAAUUUUAAAUACAGUUCAUUAAAGCUUUUGAGUUAUUACACUGCUAACAGAAAAAAAUGUGGAAAUAUUGGUACCUGUUCAGAAUUUGAAAGAUUCUCUAACGAGCCUCUCUCUCUUUCUCUCGUAUCUUCCCUUUUUAUUUGUUAAAAGAAAAACAACUUGUAAAUAUGUUGCAUCUUUUAUAGUUUUUAUUUGAUCUCUGUCAUCUCGACUUCAGUCAUCUCUGAUUUUAUAUAUAUUUGAGUAUAUCCACUUAUGAGGUAAAGGAGCUAUAGAGUAAUUUUAAAUAUUCACUAACACUCAAAUACAACAUAAGAAAACAUUAACAAAAGGUUCACCAGCUUUUAUGACUUAAUAUAUUUUCAGAAAUAGGGCGUCAGGUUAUUUCACAUUAAAACUGUUUCCCUGUAUCUAUACAUAAUAUAAAAACGUCAACGUAUUUUAUAAGCUGUCGAACUAAAGAAAACAAUCACAGCUUUGCACUGGAAACACCAAAGAGAAAUAGAAUAAGUCGUCAUCUGCGUAAAGUUUUAGGUUAAACUGAUUUGUAGCAUUUAUCACUUUGAAGAAACAUGUGUUUCCUCUCAAGUCUUUGAAGAUCUCCUGUUUCCAUCAUUAACCCUGUGAUGGAGUUCCUCAGGGAAGCGUCACGGAUCCCCUCAUGUUUUAAAUCUGAGUUGUUACUUUAUGGAUCCUAAACAGUUUCUGGUUCAUUCAGGUUCCAUGAAGCUCGAUGAUCAGAGGAACAGAGUCAAUAUCACAACUUUGUGUCUCCUCCUUCUGCCGGAUGCAUUUCUCUAACUGAUGAAUUUGGAUGUUUGGUUUCUGAAAACAAUAUUUGGUCAAAAUGUAACUUUUCUUCUCACAAAUAAAAAGUGGUAAAUGUCGCUCUGUGUGCCAUCAACCUGGAAUUACCACUUGUGGCCACAGUGGCCGCUUUUGAGUUAAAGUUACAUGUUCUCACUUUCAGGUGAAAAUGAAUCUUGUGUUAAUUGUUCAGGAACAUUCGCUUGUUGUCAUUUUGCUGAGUCACAUUUGAAUCUGUUUUCUGUUUUGUACGAGUCAUUUUGUUGUUUAAAUCUGAAAUGUUCCGGAGCUCUGCAGUAAGACUCUUUAAACUGUCAAACACUUCACAAUAAAGGUCAGUUUGUUUUUAAA